CUUUUGCACAAACUAGGAGAGAUGAGUGGCGAAGUUGGAGGCGCAAAGAAGGUCCGAAUAACACUCGCCACAGUUCUAGACCCUAUAGACCCUCUAGACUCGCGAUAGCCCGGCUCGCAAAACAAACACCUCUGACGUUGCUGCGUUUACAGAUCGCAAAUGGCAAUUGCAACAAUCCACACGCUACUACUCUGAGUUCAUGGUAGCUAUGGAGGAUCCGCUCCCUCCAUUGGGUGCCCCCAAGCCCGUCGCCGACUGGAGACGAGAGCGCGAUGUCUUUGAUCUUUACGCGGCCUUCCAGGAGAUACCAAGAAUCGAUAAUCUUGGUUGCUCUCCGGACACCCAUUCGUUUCCCGACGAUUUUGUUCCGAGACCAGCAUCAGAUGCCUCGUUGGCCGCUUUCGCUCAGUUGGCAGCAAUGCGAUUACAGGCCCAACGCAGCAUGAUCAGUUUACUCGAUGGCCAAUACCAGUACAUCUUGGCUGAAGCAACCCCCAAGACCUCGUUAAGAUUCGACUCGCCUCUCAACAAGAACCUUGAUAUCUUGCUUGGCAACGUGCGGAUUCCCCGCAACUGGGGCCUUUGCGAGAGGGUCUUGGAUCCGUUCGCCUUAGCAGAAGGAGAUCCGGGAAUCAUUAUCAUCAAAGAUCUUUCCCAGAGUCGGCUUCAUGAAAAUCGGUCCUAUGUCAAAGAAGGUCCGAAAUUCCGUUUCUAUGCUGGAGUACCUAUCACAAGUCUAAAUGGUACAAUCGUAGGAUCAAUGUGUAUCUUUGAUGGACCCGAGAGGAGUGGGAUGUUACCAGACGACAUCGCGUAUCUAAAAGAUCUUGCUGCUACAGUCAUGGAGUAUUUGGUCACGUACACUUUGAAGGAUCAGCACCGGCGAGGGGCAGAGGGGUUACACGGGCUCUUGUCGUUCGCGGAAGGAGACUCGAAGAUAGGGCCAUUCAUAGAGCGUCGCUACCCUCCAGAGCCGUCACUUAAAACCGACUCUAAAACGAAAAUCACGGGAGGUACCCCAACCAACGAGGAACGUAAGCAAAAUCCUCCGGUCGAAGAUGGCGUCGAUCAGCCGCGUACUGCAUCUCUUCCCCCCAAGAGAGGGAGGUCUGAGCGGCGCAGCUCUGUAGGCGAUUUGCAGGACAAAAUAGUACCAAACACUAUUAGGGAAUUGUUCGCGCGAGCUUCCGAUAUCAUGCGGAGAUCAAAUGAUAUGGAUGGUGUCAUGUUCCUCGACGCCUCUGUCGCAGCUACUGGGUAUCAUGGCGGAGGGAAAACACCGACUCGAACAAGUGGGAAACAGUGUCAACUUCUCGGCUUCGCAACACAGGAUGGAUCCACUCUCAAAGGUGACUCCAUGUCAGCCAAUAUGAUACCCGAUGAGGCAAACUUCGCGUGGCUGCUCAAGCGGUACCCUCAUGGUUAUAGUCUGGACUGCGAUGAAGGACAGCUCCAGUCCUGGAGUGACGAGGAGGGUCCGUUGAUGGACCCGUUGAGUCCGGCAGAACCUAUCCACAUGGACGAGACUGAGCAAGAAUCGAUCAGCAAAAGAGUACAACAUGUCUUAAGAAUCAAGGCCCUUUUCCCUAACAUCAAAAGCGCUCUAUUUCUGCCUCUGUGGAAUUUUGAGCAUAAUCGGUGGUUUGCUGGAUGCUUUUGCUGGUCCAGGAGAGCCGAACGUAACCUGAGUGGUCCAUUGGAACUACCCUUCCUGAAAGCUUUCGGUCAUUCCAUCAUGCAGGAGGUCGCUAGGAUCGAUGCCAUAAAGACAAGUCAAGUCAAAACGACCUUCCUAUCAUCAUUAUCACACGAACUACGUUCUCCGCUACACGGUAUUCUCGGCUCCAUACAACUCAUGCGAAGUACGACUCUUGAUAGCUUCCAGUUCUCUAUGGUCAAUUCGAUCGCUGUAUGUGGAAGGACGUUACUGGAGACAGUGCAACAUCUACUUGAACAUGCGGAGCGUAAAGAACCUAGCCAGAACGUCUCUAAAAGGACUUUCCCAGCAGAAAAUACAGUCUGCAUCUCCUCCGAUGUACCAGCUUUGGAUCUGUCCCACGAUUCGACCGUCCCAACACCAGUUUGCAAUAUCGGUCUCGUUACAGAAGAGGUUAUCGAAACGAUGUUUCUCGGGCAGGGUCGUUAUGAUGUUGCUUUAGCUGGAGGUGAUGUCCCGGGAGCUCCUGUCAAUCCGUCAUCCAAAAGCGAGAUUGCUCACCGCAGGAGCCGAUUCAUUGUGAUUGAUAUUGGGGACUACGCGAAUCUCGACUUCUCCAUUCCAGCCAGUUUAUAUGGGAGACUCAUUAUGAAUAUCCUCGGAAACGCGUUGAAAUUCACCGAAUCUGGUUACAUUCUGGUGUGGCUUCGCUCUGACGCUGCGGAAGCAUCAAGAGCGUCCGUGACGCUCAAGAUCAAUGACUCGGGAAUUGGAAUCUCCCAAGAGUUCUUGUUCAAUGAGGCUUUCGAACCAUUUCGUAAACAUAAUCCACACUCUGCGGGCACCGGCGUAGGCCUUAAUGUCGUUCAACGAAUCAUCGAGGAUAUUGGCGGAUCAGUAGAGAUCACGAGCCACCCCGGCAAAGGCACCGACGUCACCUUGAGGCUCCCUCUGGAGCGGAACAAGAGAGUGGAAAAUCCUGGCUCACCACAUAACUUGAUUCUUGCUAGUCUCUCGCAAUUGAAGAGCCGGAAAAUCUGCAUACUUCACUCCAAACCACCGGAUGAGAAUGGCCCUCCUGAAGGCCUACGGCACUGGCAAAUGCUGACGCGCUAUAUAGAUGCAAUAUCUUCAACAUUGCAAGAUGAGCUAAAAAUGAUCGUUACUAAAACGAGUGAAUGGGACGGACAUGAUGAGUCUGAUGUAGUUGUAUGUCCAGAGGUGUUUUUCGAAGGUCUGCAGGCGAUCCGUAGUGCUAUGCAUCGAAGACCUCCGGCCACACUUUUUAUUGCUAUGGAUACCUUGGAAGCCGAUACUUUGCGCUGCGAUGCCAGGGUAACGAGCAAAUCUUCUAUCGUUGAAGUCAUGACACAACCGUGCGGUCCGUACAAGAUAGGUAUGGCAAUCAGCCAGUGUUUGAAACGAUACGACGGACCAAGCGCCGGCCCUUUCAAGGAAUUGGACACAUCAUUUGAGUCUGUUGCCAGCGCGAAUGGGUCCCAGCUUGUCUCCCAGCUUGGUGGCCCACGACUAGAAUUGUGUACUCCAAUAGCUUUCCGUUCGAAAAAGGACUCGUCCGACAGUGGGAAUUAUCUUGCUGAGGAGCCCACCUUGCCACCUCCAAAUGCGUUCCUCAACGAACCUGAAAACACGCAGUUGCCCAAAACAGAGGAUUCAACCGAAACCCAGCAAAUCUUGAUUGUAGAUGACAACGCAAUUAACCGAAGGCUAUUAUCUGUCUUUAUGAAAAAGAAGAAGCUCCCAUUCAAAGAAGCUAAGGAUGGACUGCAAGCGUUGGAAACGUACAAGGAGAGCGAUGGAAAGUUCGACGUCAUUCUGAUGGAUAUUUCGAUGCCGGUAAUGGACGGAAUGACGAGCACGCGCCUGAUUCGCGAACACGAGAGCGAUUUGAACCUCAAACCUGUGCAUAUCAUUGCCUUGACAGGCUUGACAUCUGCGAGCGCGAGACUGGAGGCUUGGACAAGCGGGGUCGACGACUUCCUCACGAAGCCCGUGGACUUCAAGCAGUUGGAGAGUUUGAUGGAAGCUGGGAGAGAUAGUGAAGAAACAGGCUUCUCAAAUGAGCAAAGCACGAAGAACGUUGAUGAGAAGCUACCUUAGCUGGACAGCAUGGAUAUCCACCUCUACGUAUGAUAUCUAUGACACAGUCGUAAGAGCGGAUU